AAAAUGAGUUGAUAUUCAUAUUACAUGGCAUACGUUAUAUGUCAAUAAUGAUGGGUCUGUCUAUCGGAGCUUAUUUCAUGAUACCAUUGAUUUGUCUCGAAGGCCUUUUAUAUAUUUCAUGUGUAAAAAUAUUGAGACAUUCAAUCCCACGUAUGGUUGACGCCAGUAAUACAAGUGAACUGAUCCUCGACUGUGAGUAUGUCUACGACGCCAAUGACAUAAUGCUUGUCGUUAAGUGGUUUCACAACAACUCUCCCGAACCUAUAUAUCAGUGGAUCCCAGACCGCGGUGUCAGAUAUGUCAGUGAACUACUUAUGCCGCGCUUUGAUAUGAACUAUUCAGUCAAUCCCAAUGACUUGUACUCUAAGUUUAGAGCACUUAAACUUAAAAAUAACAUAACUGUCGACUUAAAUGGCAAUUUCUCGUGUGUGGUCACCUCAUUGGCCGGUCAAGACAUUAGACAGGCACAGAUGGUUGUCUAUGUACCACCGCAAACGUUUGACUUCAACUAUACAUCAUUGCCGACGGGUGUCCGAGAGCUCGAGUGUCGGGCAAAAGGUGUUUAUCCAAAACCUUUACUCACACUCUCAGAGCAAACUACUAACAGCUCAAACUUUCACGCCUUUCCCAAAGUUGACGUCAAUAUACAUCAAAAUAACGAGACUCAAUAUUUUGAUGCAGUGCUGAGGCAUCGGCCGCACCAGUCAUCACAUAUGGGAACUGUAUUUGAGUGCAAACUGGAAAUACCGCAAACAAAUUACAUUAGAAGAAAGCGAAUCAAAAUAUUUUUCCCGUCGAGUUAUGUAUCAUCCGAUGGUUCAUCGGCUCCGAGUCUCAUCUCAUCGAGUCUUCAAUCAUUUGUUUCCUUACUUUUGACUCUAUUGUUGCCACAAAUUGUUAUAAUAUAUCUGACAAUCAAUGGCUAUAUAUUGCUGUAG